CGAGCUAAUUUAAUAUCAGACAUUUUUAUUAUUACACAAUGUAUUUAAUAAAUCAUGCAGCGGCGUAUUAUUUUUAGUAAUGAGACAUCAUUCAAUUUUAAUGAAGAAAACUGUUACACAUAUUUCCCUUUCCAUGUUCCGUAUUCUUGAUUGUAUUUGUGGCUUGUGGCUUGUGGCUGUGCCUGUGUGUAGUUUACGAAAACACGUGUUCUGGUGACAUGUUUUAAACAGUAAAAAUACGGAAAUAUUAAUAUUUCUUAUAUAUUGAGAAAGAUAAUUUCGAAAUCCUGUAACUACAAUGACUGUAAUAAGCAGAGUCGUGAAACCUACUACCCAUAGGGGUAAACGUGCGAUAUUAAAAAAGGAAGCGAAAUUAAUCGAAGAGGCGAAACAAACUUUAUGUUUUAAAGGUAAAAACACAUCGCAGAUAGUAGUGGAUUUUAUGAAGAAUUUGUACCAUUUAAAAAAGCCGGAUGCACAGAUGAUGCAAAAGAAAAAUGAUAUAUUGCCAUUUGAGGAUGUAACGCCUAUCGAAAAGUUCGCUGUGAAAUAUAAUGCUCCGCUCUUCAUGAUGGCUCUGCACAAUAAAAAACGGCCACAUAAUCUAGUAAUGGGAAGAAUGUACGAACACACAUUACUAGACAUGGUAGAAUUCGGCAUAGAGAAUUAUAAAGAUCUACGGGAUUUUAAAGUUCCGAAAAUUUCAGAAGGGCUGAAACCAUUAUUAGUUUUCAAUGGAGAACUUUUUGAUAAUAAUCAUGAAUUCAGUAGAAUUAAAAAUUUGCUUGUGGACAUGUUCCAAAGGGAACCUGUCGAGAAGAUCAGACUCCAGGGUCUGGAACACGUUUUAAGUUUCACUGCUGUUGAAAAUAAGAUACUUCUACGUAGUUAUAAGAUACUAUUGAAGAAGUCUGACUCGAGGAUACCAAGAAUUGAAUUAGAGGAAAUAGGACCAAGGGCAGAUUUGAUUUGUAGGCGUACAAAACUUGCUUCUGAAGAUCUAUUUAAACAAGCUUGCAAGAAACCGAAAGAACUUAAAGUUAAGAAGAAGAAGAAUAUGUCUGUGGAUAAUCUUGGAAGCACCUUCGGUCGCAUACAUGUUGGAGCACAGAAGCUUAACAGAAUACAAACGAGGAAGAUGAAGGGAUUGAAAAAGACAAUGGCAGAGAAAAAAGCUGGAACAAAGAGGAAAAACGUUGACAGUAAUGACAGCAGUCCAAAAAAAGCAAGGACUACUACUGAUUCGGCUGAUUAAUUCAAAAACUUAUUUUUAUUAAAAAUCAUUUAUUUACAGUA